AUGAUUAAGUUGCAAGUGAAAGUUAUUUCUUGGCUCUUUAUAAUUUUAACAGCAUUUUUAUGCGUGCCGCAAAUUGAAAGCAUAAAUACCAAUUUCCUCGAGCUGGCCGCCUUCGAGGACUUUUUGCGCUCGCAGCACUUGAGCCAGGUCCUGGUCGUCCGCAGCGGUGAUGGCGGUAAUGGCGACUGGCAAGUUGAAUGCCACCAGAAAUUGUUGUCCAACUAUCGUGUGCAAUUUUACCGGCCAGGAAUGCCCCAGAAUUUCGAGGAUCUCAUGUUCUACGGGUCGCCGCGCACAGCGGUCCUGGUGCUGAAUUUCAGGCACAUCCUUGUGAGGCGACAUGUCUUUCGGGCGGCCUCCGAGGCGGGGUACUUCAAUAAUUCGCUGGCGUGGUUUAUUCUCGGCUCCAGCAGCGAGUCCCUGCCAGACGAGCGGCUGAUUGAGGAGCACUUCAGUGGCUACAGCAUGGGAAUUGAUGCGGAUAUCACGGUGGUUCUGCGGCGUCCGGAUAACACUUCCUGGUUGCUUUACGAUGUUUACCGCAUCAGCUCCCAAGGCCCCACGCCCCUGAUAAUUGGAAGAAAGGGCCAGUGGUCUGUUUCAGGAGGUUACCAGCUUUUGGAUAAUUAUAGAAACAGCUGGGUCAUUCGUCGACGAAACUUCGGCCAAAUCACCUUGCAGGCCAGCACUGCGUUGACAGAGAAGCCUUCUGGAUUCGAUGACAUGACCUACCUGGCGGACGAUAUACACCUCCUGGAACGGGAUCCCAUGCAGCGGAAGACCUAUCAGUUGUUCAGACUCGUCCAGAGCAUGUACAAUCUCAGCCUGGCCAUCAGUUUCACAGACAGGUGGGGCGAGCUGCUGGAGAACGGCAGCUGGAGCGGAGUGAUGGGUCAGGUGACGAGUGGCGCCGCAGACUUGGCCGUGUGUCCCAUGCGCUUUGUGGUGGACAGGCAGCCCUACAUUCAGUACUCGCCAGUGCUGCUCACCCAGGACAUCCACUUCAUCUUCCGCCAUCCGCGCCACAGCCACAUCCGGAAUAUAUUCUUCGAGCCCCUGAGCACCCAGGUGUGGUGGUGUGUCCUUGUCCUGGUCGCGGGAAGCAUUCUACUCCUUCUGCUGCAUGUACGACAGGAGAGGCUGCUCCAUCGAUCCCACGUGGAGAGCCGCUUGUCCUUCGUCUGGUUCAGCAUGCUUGAGACGUACCUUCAGCAGGGCCCUACCACUGACACUUUCCGGCUAUUUUCCACUAGACUUCUGAUCAGCUUCUGCUGCACUUUCAGCUUCAUGCUUAUGCAGUUUUACGGAGCCUUCAUAGUGGGCUCUUUGCUCUCGGAGAGCCCAAGGAGUAUUGUUAGCCUGCAGGAUCUGUAUGAUAGCAACUUGGUCAUCGGCAUGGAGAAUAUUUCCUACAACUUUGCCAUGUUUACGAAUACCAGCUACCAGCUCGUGAAGGAGGUUUUUGCCCAGAAAAUCUGCAAGUCCGGGGAGCACAACAUACUGACGCUUCAGCAGGGCGCUGAGAGGAUCAUCCAAGGACGUUUUGCCUUCCACACGGCCAUGGAUCGCAUAUACAGACUGCUGAUGGACCUCCAGAUGGACGAGGUAGAGUUCUGUGAGCUUCAGGAGAUCAAGUUCACUUCCACCUACACCACGGGAUCAAUUAUGCCCAAGGGGUCGCCGUGGAGGGAGCACCUGGCCCACGCGCUGCUCCAUUUUCAGGCCACCGGACUCAAGCAGUACAACGACAGGAAGUGGAUGGUGCAACGGCCGGACUGCAACCAGUUUAAGGCCUCCCAGGCAGAGGUGGAUCUGGAGCACUUUGCACCGGCACUCUUCGCCCUCGUCCUAGCCAUAAUGGCCAGUGCCAUGGUCUUUCUGCUGGAACUUCUUGUGCACUGGCUGCCGGAGCUCCGAAAAAGGUUGCGAGCCAUGUCCACUUAA